GAAUUUCUUUCAAUGCAAUGUAUUGAUAAAAAUCGUUUUUACAUUAGACUGUGCUGAAAGUGUAUAUGUGUCAUUGGUAAAUCAUUACCUUGGGACUGAUUGAGUUAUUUAGUUUACCAAUUCUAUUCGGGGAGGACCUUCUGCCGAAAGUUCUGAAUAGGUAUUUAGCGAAUAGUUCUUCACAUUUUGAAGCAUGUCUGCCUAUCCUGAGAAAUAUUCCGAGUUCACGUGCUUCGACGAUAUUCUGGAUAAAGGCAAAUAUGUAGACCGCCUGGAUGAGAAAUCUAAGAAAAAAGCCCAAGAAGAACUAUGUGAGGACCCAAAAGAGAGAGAUGCAGCGUUACAACAAUUUAGAGACUGGAUUAAGGCACAGCCACACUACACUGUGUGUACAGAGGACACAUUUCUGUUGGCAUUUUUGAGAAGAUGCAGGUAUAGCCAGUUAGAGGCGAGGACAAUGUUCGAUGUUUUCCAUAGUGUCACUUACAAGAAGAUCCCUUCUUGGAUGGUGGACGUCGAUAGUUCAUCAACUGCCUUGAAGAAACUAAUAGACACGAAAUGUCUAGUUAUACCACCCUAUAGAGAUCCAGAAGGAAGACGCAUACUCAUAUGGAGAGGAGGUGCAUUUGACGCCGGUAAGAAGUCUGGCUAUACUCCAGACACUUUAUUCAAUCUAUGGGGUGUUACACUAAUGCUCCUUCAACGAGAGGACAUGACGCAGGUUAAUGGUUAUGUCAUCAUACAAGACGGUACAGGAAUGACAAUGAAACACAUAGGAUAUCCGGGAAUUGAACGAUUUAAAGCCGUCAUCAAAGUAUUUUAU